AUGGCGUCGACACCCGACGAUGGAAAAAAAAACCGACACAACAAUGAGCCAUCACUUCCGGUUAUCUUCCGUUUCGGUCUGUUCGCGAGCGUUGGCGGGCGGAAUGGACAAGCAGAAAAGACGGUCUCGUCCGUCAACCGUUCUCCGCUGCCAAUUGCCUACGACACCGCGUCGUGUGCAGCCGCGUGUAAUUUCAUAAUAAUUCCGGGGCGGCAACACGAAAGCAAACCAAACAUAAUCCGAAAUCCCGAAAUAUCACGUAAAGUAUUAAAGAUUAAAAAAAAAAUAUACGGACUUAUUAUUCCCACGAUGGAUGAGUUACUGUUGUAG